AUGGAGGACAAUCUUAAACGGCCGCGGCCUCAACACUUCUCUGAUCUGGAUGACAGACCAAGAAAGCGACAGGCCACACCAGACGCAGUGCCUCGAAAUGACGGCUGGGCAUUCCGCAGAACAAUAGAGCCUGGCGCUCGGUCGGAGUUGCAUGGCACCGGCAUCCGACACUCGGGCUCCGGUAGUUUCAGUGCUCGCGAUAUCUACUUUGGUCCAACAUCCGACAGCGAUCGCGAAUUUCUUAAGGACCUGUAUGUCACCGACCCGCGAGACGACAAGGCACGCAUCGAGCGCACAAAGGGCGGCCUGCUCCGAGACUCGUACCGCUGGAUCCUCGAUCACGACGACUUCCGCCGAUGGCGCGACGACGGACAGAGCCGGCUGCUUUGGAUCAAGGGCGAUCCCGGCAAGGGCAAAACCAUGCUGCUCUGCGGUAUCGUCAAUGAGCUGGAGAAGAUGUCUGCAGACACUCACAUCCUGUCCUACUUCUUUUGCCAAGCGACCGAAGUGCGCCUGAACGACAGUGUAACACGGGAUGCUGUUCAGCAACACUUGACGUCUAACGCAAAUGCCACAUUUCUCUGGGUAGCCUUGGUCUGUCAAGAGCUAGCAGAUCCAAAGGUCCGGAAAUGGCACACCCGCGCAAGGCUGCACACGUUUCCGCCAGGGCUUGAUCCGCUGUACGCGCGGAUGAUGCGGAUCGUUGCAGACAGCCUCGUAUCAGUUGUAUAUCGCCCGCUUAGCUUGACGGAGCUGGCAUCUCUUGCUGAGUCGCUUGAAGACUUUGAAGAUGAUGCCGACUCUCUGAAGGAGAUUAUUGCUACCUGCGGGUCUUUACCGACUGUUCGGGAGGAGGUUGUCUACUUUGUGCAUCAGUCGGCAAAAGACUUCCUGUUGAAGAACGAAUCCAAGAGAAUCUACCCGUGUGGCGUUACACAGGAAAACCGUAACGUCGCCUUGAGAUCGCUCAAGGUCAUGUCAGGAAUGCUCCGACGCGACAUAUACAACCUACGCGCGCCCGGAUUCCCUAUCAAUCAAGUUGGGCCGCGCGACCCCGAUCCAAUAGCGUCGGCCCGGUAUUCCUGCGUCUACUGGGUCAGCCAUCUGGCGGCCGGGAAUCCUGCCGGACAGGAACGGAGCAGCCAAGACCUCCAGGAUGGCGGACCGGUUCAUGCAUUCUUAGUUAAACACUACCUUCACUGGCUGGAGGCGCUGAGUCUUCUCGGGAGCAUGUCAGAAGGAAUCCUUCAAAUGUCCACGUUGGCGCACCUAGUUCAGGUUUCAGCAGAAAUGCUUACGCUGACGAAGCUAUCUCGGGAUGCACUACGGUUCAUUCGAACGCAUAGAGCCAGCAUAGAAAGCAAUCCCCUUCAGACGUAUGCUUCAGCACUGGUAUUCAGUCCAAUGCGUAGCAUCACGAGGGAGCUCUUUCAUCAGGAGGAGCCUAGAUGGAUAGUCACAAAGCCGAGUAUGGAAGACGAGUGGAAUGCAUGUCUGCAGACGCUCGAGGGCCAUAACAGCCCUGUCGCUUCGGUGGCCUUCUCGGGCGAUGGCACGCAACUGGCGUCGGCGUCGUACGACAACACUGUCAAGGUCUGGGACGGGGCCACGGGCCAGUGUUUCCGGACGCUGGAGGGCCAUAGCGGCUCCGUCUGGGCGGUGACCUUCUCGGGCGACAGCACGCGGCUGGCUUCGGCCUCAGACGACAACACCGUCAAGAUCGGGGACAGCGCGACGGGCCAGUGUCCAGACACUUGA